GCGCGGCGACACGUGCUGUUUCCCUUUAGCAGUUAGCCUAGCAGCGCGGCGAAGCGCAGUAUCCGAGUCUCUGCGACUUUCAGACGGAAUCAACGCUCCGAGGAGGAUGGCUGCCGCCGGGGCGCAGGGCAGGAAGAGGAUCCUGAAGGAGGAGGACAUGACCAAAGUCGAGUUUGAGACCAGCGAGGAGGUGGACGUCACCCCCACCUUCGACACCAUGGGGCUCCGGGAGGACCUGCUCCGCGGGAUCUAUGCCUACGGUUUUGAGAAGCCGUCGGCAAUCCAGCAGCGAGCCAUCAAGCAGAUCAUCAAAGGCCGCGACGUCAUCGCUCAGUCUCAGUCUGGAACAGGAAAGACCGCCACCUUCUGCGUGUCUGUGCUGCAGUGUCUCGAUAUUCAGGUGAGGGAGACCCAGGCUCUGAUCCUCGCUCCAACUCGAGAGCUGGCUGGACAGAUUCAGAAGGUGCUGCUUGCUCUCGGCGACUACAUGAACGUCCAGUGUCACGCCUGCAUCGGAGGCACCAACGUGGGCGAGGACAUCCGCAAGCUCGACUAUGGCCAGCACGUUGUGGCGGGCACACCGGGUCGAGUGUUCGACAUGAUUCGCCGCCGCAGCCUGAGGACGAGAGCCAUCAAGAUGCUGGUUCUGGAUGAGGCUGACGAGAUGCUCAACAAAGGUUUCAAGGAGCAGAUCUAUGAUGUAUACCGCUACCUGCCCCCCGCCACACAGGUGGUCCUGAUCAGCGCCACGCUGCCUCACGAGAUCCUGGAGAUGACCAACAAGUUCAUGACCGACCCCAUCCGCAUCCUGGUCAAACGUGAUGAGUUGACCUUGGAGGGGAUAAAGCAGUUCUUCGUCGCUGUGGAGAGGGAGGAGUGGAAGUUCGACACGCUGUGUGACCUUUACGACACGCUGACCAUCACACAGGCCGUCAUCUUCUGCAAUACCAAGAGGAAGGUGGACUGGCUGACAGAGAAGAUGAGGGAGGCCAACUUCACGGUGUCCUCGAUGCAUGGAGACAUGCCGCAGAAGGAGAGGGAGUCCAUCAUGAAGGAGUUCAGAUCAGGAGCCAGUCGUGUGUUGAUCUCCACCGACGUCUGGGCUCGAGGUUUGGAUGUUCCUCAGGUUUCCCUCAUCAUCAACUAUGACCUGCCCAACAACAGAGAGCUGUACAUCCACAGGAUUGGUCGGUCAGGGCGUUAUGGACGGAAGGGUGUGGCCAUCAACUUUGUGAAGAACGACGACAUCCGCAUCCUGCGAGACAUCGAGCAGUAUUACUCCACCCAGAUUGAUGAGAUGCCCAUGAAUGUUGCUGAUCUGAUCUAACCUGGAUGACAUCACACCAGGGCCCUGCCCCUUCACUUCCAGUUUGUUUUUGUUUUUUAAAAAUAAUUUUAGAUUUUUGAGGUGAAAACGACUGUAAGACCACAGGUUUGUUUUUGUAAAUAAAGUUUUGGUUCCAAAAGUUA